GAGUGAUUAUAGGAAGUCGCAGUCCAAGAACUCCAAACAGUACAAGAGGACCAGGCUUUGUCCGGCUGGGCAUCAAGUUUGACCGAGUGAUAAAGAAGCCACGUACCUCCUCUUACAUCAGACUUGUCUUGCUGCCCAGUGGACACACAAUGUACAAAGUGGACACACUUUCUCAAUACGUCGAAAUCGGUUCAAAUGACACUAUGCUGUAUUUUGAAAUACCCAAAGCAGCAUUCAGCAUGAGUGGAUCAUACGCCAUCUCAAUAGAUAAAGGUGCAGUGGUUGGACAAGGCUGCGCGUAUGAUGGACCACCCACACCAGGCAUAGAAUCUCUGACGGACUGGCAAUUCAUCGUAGAUGGUGUUUGUCCAUUUGGGUACUACCUCGGCUCUCCAAAAUUUACCAGCUGCGUUGGUAUGUAUAAUGUUAUAAUAAUAAUAAUGGAUACUUUUGCUCACUGACGAUCGAGCGAGUAACCAGUGAAACUAUUCUGAACGGAAUCAAGAGACCAGUUAAGUUAGCUAGGUUAAUUAAGUGACCAGCUAGUUCAGACAGGUUGGAA